CGGGUCCCGUGCCUCGGGUGGAGGGAGAGGGAGGAGGAGGCGGGCGGCGUUGUGGCAUCGUCAGCGCGGCCCUCUCCGGAGCCUCCGGAGCCCAGCCCCACCCACCGCCCGGCGGCCGGCCGUUGUUUUAUGUUAGCGGGCGUCUAGUGAAGAGGAGGAGGAGGAGGUGGGGGGGGGCGGCGGUGGCGGCCGGUGAACUGGCGGUGGUGCCGAGUGUGUGGGUGGGGCUGGCGCGGCGGCGGCGGGUCCCGCCUCCUCCUCUUUCUCCCUGUGGGGCCACCCAGCGGCAGCGCAGCCCCAUGAGCCGCUCGCGGGAAGGGCGUUAACAACCCCGCCGGCCCCGCCUGGCCUCCCCCCGGUUCCCCUCAGCCGAGCGAGCGAGCGUCGGCCUCCUCUUCCUCCUCCCUCCUCUCGCCUUCCCCUCCCCGCCCUCGCAGCGCCUCCUGUCAGGCCGGCGCGCGCCCUCGCCUCUCUCCGGAGAGCGUAACAUCGAGCCAGCCCCACCGCCGCCGCCGCCACCCUCUCCUCUUCCUCCGGGGGCAUCACCCAAGGCACGGGAAGCCCGCGACGGGGCUCGAGCGGAGGUAGCGCCGCCGGGAGCGCCGCGGCGGAGUCAUGAAGAUCAAAGAUGCCAAGAAGCCGUCUUUCCCAUGGUUUGGUAUGGACAUUGGGGGAACCCUCGUGAAACUUGCAUAUUUUGAACCUAUCGAUAUCACUGCAGAAGAAGAGCAGGAAGAAGUUGAAAGCUUGAAAAGUAUUCGCAAAUAUUUGACAUCAAACGUAGCCUAUGGGUCCACUGGUAUUCGGGAUGUCCACCUUGAACUCAAGGACUUGAUACUUUUUGGGCGAAAGGGAAACUUGCACUUUAUCCGAUUCCCAACCCAUGAUCUGCCUACUUUUAUUCAAAUGGGAAGAAGUAAAAACUUCUCAACGCUGCAUACGGUGCUCUGUGCCACUGGCGGUGGUGCCUAUAAGUUUGAAGAAGAUUUUCGCACAAUUGGAGACCUCCAGCUGCACAAACUGGAUGAACUUGACUGCCUUGUCAAAGGCUUGCUGUACAUAGAUUCUGUCAGUUUUAAUGGCCAGGCAGAGUGCUACUAUUUUGAAAACGCAUCAGAACCUGAAAGAUGCCAAAAGAUGCCUUUUAACCUGGAUGAUCCAUACCCGUUGCUGGUUGUAAACAUUGGUUCAGGAGUCAGUAUUUUAGCUGUCCAUUCCAGAGACAACUAUAAGAGAGUAACUGGAACAAGUCUAGGUGGUGGGACCUUUCUUGGCUUGUGCAGCUUGCUGACUGGAUGUGAAAGUUUUGAAGAAGCUCUAGAAAUGGCAUCUAAAGGGGAAAGUACACAUGCCGACAAGCUAGUCCGGGAUAUUUAUGGAGGAGAUUAUGAACGGUUUGGCUUGCCAGGGUGGGCAGUGGCAUCUAGCUUCGGGAAUAUGAUCUACAAGGAAAAGCGGGAAUCUGUUAGUAAGGAAGACCUGGCUAGAGCUACACUGGUUACUAUCACCAAUAAUAUCGGAUCUAUAGCACGGAUGUGUGCUGUAAAUGAGAAGAUAAACCGUGUUGUCUUUGUUGGUAACUUUUUACGUGUGAAUACGUUGUCGAUGAAGCUUUUGGCAUAUGCACUGGAUUACUGGUCCAAAGGCCAGUUGAAGGCUUUGUUCCUAGAACAUGAGGGAUACUUUGGAGCAGUUGGUGCCCUCCUUGGAUUGCCAAAUUUCAGCUGAAGUGCAAAGCAUCACAAAACUGAAUUCUUUCCUACCUUUCUGGCAUUAUUACAACACUGUUUUAUAUCAACUGGAACCAAAGGGCCGCUGUCUUGCUAUAAAUGUCUUUAAUUGUAAGAAUGAUGAACUGUCUCACUGAGACAGAGUUUGAAGUCUAGGCGUUUCUUUCAGAAGCACCUGGUAAUUUCCUUGUGUAAGGCAACCUCUUAACACACGCUGAGAGUUCAGUAUGCACUACAGCUUCUGAGAAAUGAGCCUAGAAAUCAGAAUUGGAAUAUUAUUCUUAGUUUAGCUGUCCGAAUCCUGCAGCGCUGAUCAAAUUUUGCUCCAAAAAUCCCCCUCCAGGCUAUUAGCUUGCAUCUAGUUGUGUCAGUCUUCUAGCCUUGUGCUGAAUGUUAAUUUCCCAUUGGGUCAAAAGACAUUGACCCAGGGCCACAACCAAGUGCCAUCUGCUAAAAAUGAAGUUCUUUGAUGCAAAGAGUUUUUUCCAUCAGUGCAGAGAGAUUACAGUGUGUUCAGACUUCCAGUAUUAAGGUUUCGAGAAAAUAAAAAUGAAAAUAUCAGCAAAGACUUUGUACAAUUGAUUUAAGGUGAGUUAAACAACUAAAUACACUUGUGUUUGGCUACCAACUGUAUGGCCAGAUUUUGUUGAGCUUUGCAGUAUCCGAGUUCAUUUGGUGGUUAAAUGAUAGCUGCCUGUGUUGGACGUUCUUCCACGUAGGAUUUUCAAUCAAGCAUUAAAGGGCUUCAGAAAAUGGCCAAUAGAAAAAGUUCAUAGUUCAAAACCACCAAACUUUAUUAAAAACUUGGCAGCUGGUGUGACUGAGAUCAAAGUAGCGAUAGCAUUCCAGUUCUUACAUUGACAGUUCUGGUGGGAUAGCUUUUGUGCAACUCCUCAGCUUAUAUAAAAACACUGAAAAAUUAACCCAGAUGUCAAUUUAGGGCAAGUAUUAAGGCAGCUUUAGAGGUUGUACGGCACAAACUCAGAAGGUCCAGUGUUCAUUGUACUCCUGAUAAACCGUUCCAGAUACUGCAACAGUGUGGCCUUGAAAUAAACUCAACAUACUGGGGCUACUCCUGUAUUUUCACUGUCUGCUGUUUUCAGACUUGAUUGUAAAAGUUUACAAUAGUGGCAUAUUAGUAGAUUGCUGCAGCAAAGCUUACCAUAAGACCUCAGAAGAAGAAGAAAUCAUCUCAGACAAGAAAAUUUCUAUGCAGAGAAAUACAUAAUUGUAUCUCGAGGAAUAUGCAGAUAUCCAAUCCAUGAAUGAAGUUUUCUAGAUGGAAAUUUACCACUCCUACUAGAGCUCAAGCUUAGUGCUUGAUUUACUUGAUCAAGUUGAUAUUAUUUGGGCACAUCAAUCCUUUAUACAGCAAUAUCCAUAUGGAAAAUGUAUCUCUAGAUAUCUAGUGUGCAUGGCUUUUCAAUUUUUAAAAUUCAAUUCCAUUUAACUACAUUUCAGCGCUCAUUGUCAGUAAUUAGUGUUGAUGUUGCUUGUGUUGACCUAAAACUGAUUUCCCUUUCUUACGACUUAAAAAUUGGUGAUCUCUAGAGCACGCAGCAGUGUCCAGAGAUACAUAUUUUGUUGGUCUCAUGCUGGACAGAAAAUACAGGCUGAGCCAAGUUUCUUGUUAAAGAGAUGUUGUACUUGACUAUUGUGACCCCAUCUUUUUUAAAAAGAAAAGUAUAACAAAUAAUUCACAAAUGGUUACAUGGCAGUAACGCUUUGCCUUUAAAAGAUUAUAUAUCUUGGCCUCAUGUCUUAACCUAAGUGUUUCAGUUAAAGCGUAUGCUCUCGGUUGCAAUUUAUAUUUUUUAGUACAUAUCCUGGACUGUAAGAAAAUCAUCUAAAGUAUCUCUUGCUCUGUAUUGAGUGCCAUUCAGAACUGAAGAUGACUGAAACAACUGGACAACUCUUCCAUUUUAGUUCCUAGGCAAGUGCAUUACAAGAGUUUUCCUCUAGAAGCAAGCAGGUUUGACAUGUGGUGGCCUAGUUGACACAUCACAUUAAAUUCGAGUUUAAGACAAAUUCUGGUUUAGUCUUCCCAUGGUGCUCUUCUUCUCCUGCUUCCAUGCCAUGGAUGAAUGAGCCUAAGUCUGGUGUGUCGUGUCCAUCAAACUUUGGGUUCAUGGUUUGUUUCCUCCACACUGCUUAUGGUUUGUUUUAGAGGAAACAAACCCACGAGCCUUAGUUCAAAUCGCCCAACUGGCUUGUUUUGUCUGCUGUAUAGAAGCAGGGGAAGAGUGCUGUGGAAAUGUCUGAGGAGUGUGCCGCCAGCACACUGCUCAUUUAUAUUGAAGCAAAAGUUUCUAAUAAACUAUGGCUUAGUGAAACAGCUCAGUAUAUCCCACUGCAGGAAAAUCAUCGGUUUGAGGGAAACCCUGUAAAUAAAAGCAUCAGCAGUUUCUGUGCCACACAAGUCUGCACUUAUUACAUUAAAGCAAAACGCUUUCCCUGCCUUUUUAGAUUUGUAGGAAUAGAAGCUUCCAGUGUUUUGACUGUAUGUCCUAGAAAUGUUAUAAAUCCCCAUCAUUAAUACAUGGUUCAUGUUGCUAAAAUGGUCUCAUUUAGCACAAAAUGAAAAGACUGACCUCUUUUAGCGUUAGCACUUAAUACAUAGGACUGCUAAAAACUUUCUGGGGAGAUAGAAAAAUUGCUGGUUAGGUAAAGCAAGAGGUUAUUUCCUUAUUUCUUUAAGGAAAGGAAGAGGGGUUCUGAAUGUUUUGGCUCUUAAGUCUAGUUUUAAGUGUGCCUUAAUGUAUCGAGUUUCAACAAAUUGGACAAUAAUAUUUCUGGUUUUGGAUAUUAUCUGUGGUCCUCUUAACACGGAAUGGUGCCAAUUCUGCAAUUGGCCCCUGUCAAUCAAAUGAAAAACUGUAAAGCCAGGUGGGCCACUGGGUAGCUAGACCUUUUUUACUUAUUUUUCUCACUGUACCUUCUCAAUCAUGUAAUCCUUAGUGCUCUUUGGGGUGCAGUGCGAUGUGUAGCCCUGGGUGCAAUAUAAUACUAAAAUAAGAGAACUUCAUCCUGUUCAGAAGGCAACAAUCUCUUAACAAGCCAAAUCAUUUUCAAGUUCAGUGAUAGUACAAUGCAAUAUCCAUUCCAUGAAGAUAUUCUGUAGCAUUUUCCUUCCCCAACCAUUAAACUUGGUAAUUAAUUGGCCACGGGGAGGAUUCAUUCAACUAAUGAAUCUCACCAACAGAACUCCUGCACAUGGGCUUUUUUGCUUGUGCAACAGGGCUUUCCUCACCCCAACCCCCCAAAAUGGUGCUGUGGGUGAUCAGGAGUACCCCAGGAACAGCCAGGGGGGAUCAUUCUGUAUGAUAAGCCAAAAUGGCAUAAUGCGUUCCACCCCAUAUAUUUUCCAUUCCUUACGUGUAUUUCCAUGGACAUUUUUAAAGCACCAUUCCACUAAACCCAUGAGGGAAAUAUAAGGACUAGGUCACCUUUCUCGUUGCUUGCCAUUUGUGUUCUGCUUUGCAGUAGCUAAUAAGCCACAUGAAUCUAUUGGAAGGUAGGGAACUCAUCAACCUCCAGAUGUUGGACUACUCCCAUCAUCCCUAACCAUUGGCCAUGCUGGCUGGGACAGAUAGGAUUUCAGAGUCCAACAAUAUCUGGCAGGCCACAGGUUCCCCAGCCCUGCGCUGUCUCUGUGCCAUUGAAGUUGAUUGUCUGCAACCCUGCUGGAUGUCACUGAUCAAGCAGAUUAAGGCUAAUAAUGCGUUCGUCCUUCUAAUUGUACUGCUGCUUAAGUCAUGUAAGAGUAAAUCUUGAUUUGUUACUAUUUGCAAA